GAUUCAAGCGCCACUUACAAGUCGGAAUGUGUUUAUUUAGCUGAUGCUAGCUUGUUUAUAUUAAUGUACGCAAUUGAACAACUAUAUUUGGCAACGGAAACAAUUUAGGAUUAUUCUUCACUACCAGGUAGACUGCAUGUGCUUCAAUCUUUUUCAAGCCAACAACUGGCAACAGUGCUGUCGUUGUAAAGGUGGAGCAUUCUGAGGGACUGCUGCAGUCAGAUACACGCGAGUUGUCAUGGGCCGUCUAGAUGAUGCUGCCAAACUCAAGGUGGUAGAACUGCGCAAGAAUGGCCUUAGCCUCCGCAAGAUCAAGGCAGUGUUAGAGCUGGAGAACAUCAAGGUGUCUGCCCAGGCCAUUUACUUGUACCUGAAAGAGUUCCAGUGCAAACAGGGGAGAAAUGAAGAUGGGACUGCCCCUCUGGCCUUGGUGGGGACCAGGGGAAACCAAGGUGGAAGACGGGAGGGCUACAGUAAUCUACACCUACAGCAGCUACUACGGGAUGCUUCACGUCAUGCUGGUUACGUGGCAUCAGCAGAGUUUGCCAAGCAGAACGGUCCUGCUCCGGCGGCUAGGACCCAACCUUCUGGAUCAGCAGAGAACAGUACAAGUCGUAGACCUGAGCAGUCGGAGCAGAACAAAGAUGACAAGGACAUCCAGAUUGUCAGUGUCACCUCUCUGGCUCAGAACAAACAGGAGAGGAGUCUCCAGUCCACAGCCACAGGGGCGGCCGGUGUCACUGUCACUGGGGCGUACACAAGGAGGAGAGUGACCCCUUCACCAGCCACCAGCCCCAUGCUGGCAGCUCGCAAGAGGCUUUUGGAUAAGGCCCUGUCACACAGGAUGAGGAUAAGAGAGUCAUAUCAGCAGAUGGCCUCAAUAUUGAGGAGAGACCAGUCUAACUCCACUGGCUCCGAUGUUAGGGGAGUUACAGAAGCUUUACCUCCAUCCUAUGACCUCACUACACAGGCCACUCAGAGGCUCACUCAAAUGAGGAGGAGUGUGGACGGGCAGCCAGGGGGCGCUAGUGUUCCCAGACGCUCGCUUCAGUCCGCCCGCCCCCUGCACCCUCCUCCCCGCGUGGAUAUACGACUGCCUAGCCCUGCACCAACCAUCCCAACAUCGCAGGGCUCCAGUGGGGCGGUCAUCCAGCUCCAGAAUUCUGAAGGGCAGGUCCAGGAGGCUGGAGGGGGAGGUGAAAGUGGGCUCAGAGAACAGGUCCAGGCCCUGGGCUCGGAGGUGCACAGCCUGGGUCUUGCUGUGCGGAUGCUGGCAGAGCAACAGAGCCAGCAGACCCAGGUCCAAAGGCAGAUCCUCAGCACCCUGCAGACCUUAUCCUCCAGACUGGGACCUUGUAACAGCACCAGCCAGCAGCAGCAGCAACAACAACAGCACACCCAAAAAACCUCCCCACCCACACUAUCUGCAGCUGCAACUGCUUCAACGUCCUACACCCAGGGCACAUUUACCUACAGCCAGGGAGUGUACCCCCAGUGCAGCCAAGCCCCAUCUGGCUUCUCCCAGAUGGACACCCCGAGUCUGGACACGGUAGAGGCCUUUAAACUACCGGGGCAAAGCCCCAGUUGUGUGUUUCCAGCCAGCAGCAGUGCCGAUAGCCUCACUCACGGCCACGCGCACACAGAGCCUUACUCGCCAACCUACGCACGGCAACAGUCUCAGACACAGGUGUCCUUGUACUCACCGACCUGUGGGCCUAUGUACAGCCAGUCCUUCCCUCAGACUAACAGAGACAUGGAUAAAUCAGCAGACUAUCAAGGGACUGGCACAGCUGGGGCCCUUCAGGUCUGUGCUGCUUCCUCCCAGCCAGUAGGGGCCACCAUCUCCCCUCUCACAAACACUUCACAGGGGCUCAACAUCAUCAAAUUGGAAACAUUAUGAGACCAUGUUUGAUUACUAAUUUGCGAUGCCUGGUUUUCUCUUUUUUUCCUGUCUGUGGAGGCAAAUGACCUUUUACAUGAAAUAUGUGUAUUUUGAGAAUGAUAGUGAUAAUGUAGUUUGAU